UUGUGGUGGAGCGGAGUUUGAAAAGAAAGGAAAUAAAGUGGUUCUCGUGUAAAACUGGAGCCUUCGUGUUUGUUAUUUUUUAUUUUUGAACAGUAUAUGCGAUAUAUAUAAACCCUCGGUUACAAUUUUAUUUUUUGAUUUGCGUUUCAGAACUGAGGUAGAAAAAACGGAAAGUACACGAACCAGGUUCAUAUUUCUUCAGCAGGAGUCCUAUUGACGUUUUGAAAAAAGGUGUCAUUUAAUAGUUGUUCAACUUUUGUUCCAGAAAUGUAAAAAUAGAAAAAAAAUGGCCCGAAAUGCGUUUUAUGGUUUGCAUUUAAGAAUAGGAAAUGUAACGAACGGAAGUUGGUCUUCCGUACCAGCAGGGGCGACAAACUGUUGGUUCAAAAAAAAAAAAAAACCUGAAGAAGAGAGUUACCAAAUAUGGUCAUAACCACCGGCUGCUAAGCUCGCCUGAAAAGUGAGUUAAACAACAUUUUCACAACAACUUUCACUCAAAUUAUGUAAGCUUGUUAUGAAAUAUACAAGCAUACCUUCGAAGCCCUGCAGCAUGUACUUAGCUGUGACGUUUAUUCCAGAAAGAGAGGAUCUCUGGGAACAUGUCUGGGUCCUCCAUGCACCUUCCUGCUCCUGCACCUCCUGCUCCUCCUCCUGCACCUCCUCCUGCACCUCCAUGCUCAACAGACAAGGACAGCAAGAAGAAGAAGUUGUAUCAAAGUAUAGGACUCAGCAGAAGUCCAGUUGUGGGAGAUAACACCGAGCCUCUUAUGCUUAUUCGUCAACGGGAGAACAGUUUCAGCCCAGACCUCCACUGGAUACUUAUCAACACAUACGUGCCUUCUCUCAUCCAAGACGGUCCACAGUGCGGCCUGGUAGCUCUGUGUGCGGCCGCUCACCUCACACGGCACGGCGCCGUCGACGUGGACGCCGUCGUUCAGACCGCACGCGGCCGAGGCUUCACAGUACAGGGGGAAAUGUUCUCAGCUGGCAACAUGGCGCUGUUGGCCCAGGAAGUGUGUGGAUGUAAAGCAGAGCUGCUGUCAGGAGGACUCAGUGGACAUGCUUCAAGGAUUCUAACACACUUGUGGGCUAGGCAGCCCCUUCUCAUCCCAUAUGACGAGGACUACAACCACGAGCCCUGCCAGCGUGGGGGCCACAGGGCACACUGGGCCGUGGCUUCAGGUGUUCUCCUCGGCGUGGAACCGGGCAGCGUCAGCUCAGAACAGACUCGGCCCGACCCCACCCUGCCGUGGAUUCACCUCCCCGGAGAGUCCUCUUCCUCCCGCUGUCCCGCCGUGGGCAGCUGGAGCCCCGGGGACGUCUACAUCCUGGCCAAGCAGGGUAAGAGUCUACGCUACCAGCUGUGGGGGUGGGACAGCGUGGCCCGUAGCAACGAGCAGCUGAAGGCAAUGGACCCUCAGAGGUGCAGCGAUGGCACCACAUACGUGGUUCCGGAAGGAGGAGUGGAGGCUGGGCUGGCCGGGCAGGCUGUGUUACUGCACACGAGGACCCCGUCGGAAGAAGCUCAUAGGAUAGGAUAGCAUAGGUCUUUAUUGUCAUUGGACAAGUACAACGCAACUUUGUUUUCAGCUCAAAGCCGUUCAAGAUGAGACAAACAAACAGUGUACUGGGUUACAGAACAGGAACGCUGACUGUAAAAGAUGGGGAAUGGGUAAAACGCUGGGGAAGGAUGAUUAAAAAAAGUACAAUCUAGAAUGGGCUCCCAAGGGGGCCCAGUCUGGAGUGGGAAAAAACCUCGAUAUACAUAUUACAACGUACUUCUCCAGGUAUCUAGCGACAGAGGGGAGGGAGUGCGGGGUCAUGGUGGUAGGCCGCAGCUAUCAGGCCCUGACCAUCCUUUCAUCACCCCUACGGGAUGUGGGUCGAGGGCGUUGGUUUGGGGGGAGGGGCUGAAUGUGUGUGUGGCGUAUAUUUUUGUGGAUGCAUGUUUGUGUGUACGCCUGAAGUGUGUCUCUGUUCCAUAUGAGACAUGUUUGUUUUUAUUAAAAUAACAAGACUUUUUAAAGUCAGUAUUUGUACACAUUACUUGAGCAUCCUAAUCAUCUCUACAAAGUUGGCAAGUAUGGAUUAAGGCUAAUAUAACCUAUAUAUAUAUAUAUAGAUGUGUUUUGUUGUGUGUGUAAGGCUCUGUAUAUUUGGGGGACAAGUUAAUACGUUUUUGUUUUAACUGCCUGUGUUGUUUUUGUACUUAUUUUAAUUUCCUUGUUUGUGUUGAAAUGUCCUCGUUUCAACACAAACGAGGAAAUUAAAACUAUUGUUUCUCGUCUGUUUGUCAAUGUUGAAAUUUAUAAAUAAAGGUUUAUAUUGAAAAAAUAAUAUGCAAAACAGAGGAAAUAAAGUGGUCCUCGUGUAAAACUGGAGCCUCCGUGUUUCAUAUUGUGUAGUUUUAUACACUAUAGGCGACAUAAAUAAACCCUCGGUUACAAUUGUAUUGAACUUUUACUUUGUAAAAGUCCACAAAAUGCGUGUCGCUGUUAAAGUUGGAUAAUGUGUUUGUUAAAAAAAAAUGAUAUUUGUACUUUUGUCUUUUACAGUACAAUUACGCAAACAUACUGGCCUUUAAAGAGCUACAAUCCCUCAAAAUAUUAUUUUUGAAAUAUGGUCUUGUUUAAAAUGAGAGAAAAAAAAACCCUUAUAUAAAUCUUAUUUCCAGUUUAUUGCAAUCCACGACCUUCAUGACAAAGCAGGGAUUUCAUGUCAAAAUGUAACCAGUGAUUGUCGUCGCUGCACUUUUUCCACAUAAAAUGCCUUUCCAGAAUAUACAAUAAAACUGUAUCCAGUUUCCUCACAUAACAAAGCUCCCAGUUGGAAAAAACAAGAAACAAAAACCCUGUUAACUGUUAGACAUGCAUGAGAGUAGAAGUAGUAGCAUGUAAGACUUUGUAAACACAACACCAUGCCUCAGUGUGACACAAGGUGGACUUUUUAGAGGUGAGGAUGACUCUUGACAGAUAACUAGAAGUCAUUCCGGGGAACAAGUGAACAGUCAAAGGAAGAUAUUAUUAUUUCUACUGACUCCAAUCAAGGAAACAGCAGACACUGACCAUUCAUUUAAAAUCCAUAUGCAAUUGUUGCUGUUUUCCCAGCAAAUCCAGUGAUAAAAAAAAAAAUCAGGAUACAAAGAAAACUCACUUAUUCCAGUUAUUUGUUGUUUUAAAUCACCCUUUUCACUGGAAGUGUUAAGCAACACCGCAAUAAGAGCGCGUAAACCUGAGUGAUUAAAACACACUAAAGAGGCACGGCUUGUUUUGAUCCAUGGCUUUCUGAGGAUGCUUGCAUUUAGAAUAAUGGAAAACCAAAACCCCAUACUUUCACUUUCAUUAAUUGUUGUAUAAAAAUCUUUCUAGUGGGAGGAAAAAUAGCUGGA